UGUGAAUCUCCCCCAACACCGCCAAUUGUUUGAACCAAUGUGAAGCUUCUGACACGUUAAACACUUCAUUUACUCACAGCUUCUCUCUGUAAAAGCAUAAAAUAGUAUUUUUGUUUCUUGCUUUUGACACAUGUUCGUUUUGGCUUUGCUGGAUCAAUGCAAAUCGUUGUUGGAGCUGAAGAAGAAAGCAUGCCGACAGAGCCCAGUCAAGGAGAAACCGGCGUGAGCUCCAACUGCGCAAUCUGUGGUGACAAAGCCACAGGUAAACAUUACGGUGCCUCCAGCUGCGACGGCUGCAAAGGCUUUUUCCGCAGAAGCAUCAGGAAGAAUCACGUGUACUCAUGCAGGUUCAAUCGUCAGUGCGUUGUGGAUAAAGAUAAGAGGAACCAGUGCCGGUUUUGCAGGCUUCACAAAUGUUUUCGAGCUGGAAUGAAGAAAGAAGCGGUGCAGAAUGAGCGCGAUCGUAUCAGCUCCCGUAGGAACAUGCAGGACUCACAUGACCUGCCGCCAAUCACGGCUCUCGCUCACGCCGAGUCCCUCUCACAGCAGCAGAUCAACGUUGGCAGUCCGAUGGGCCCUGCUGAUGUUUCCGAGAAGAAAUCGGCGACUGUCGCUGAUGUGUGCGAGUCUAUGAAGCAGCAGCUGCUUGUUCUGGUAGAAUGGGCUAAAUACAUCCCGGCCUUCGGUGAAUUGCCUCUUGAUGACCAGGUUAGUUUAUUGCGAGCACACGCAGGUGAGCAUCUUCUUCUCGGGGUUGCUAAGAGGUCAAUGCCAUACAAAGACCUCCUGCUACUAGGUAAUGGGUGUAUUGUCCAUCGAAACUGCCCUGAGCCGGAGAUAGGUCGGAUGGCCAACCGUGUUAUAGAUGAACUGGUCUUACCCUUUCAGGACAUCCAAAUUGACGACAACGAAUAUGCAGCUCUGAAGGCUAUUGUGUUCUUCGACCCUGAUGCCAAAAGCUUAAGAGACCCUUCUAAGAUCAAGGCCAUGCGCUAUCAGGUUCAGAUGAGUUUGGAAGACUACAUUAAUGACCGGCAGUAUGACUCGCGCGGGCGAUUCGGAGAGCUUUUGCUCCUUCUUCCUACCCUGCAAAGCAUCACCUGGCAGUUGAUAGAGCAGCUUCAGUUUAUCAAGCUGUUCGGCCUAACCAAGCUAGAUAACCUGCUGCAGGAGAUGCUUCUUGGAGGUCUAACCAAUGAACAGCCUCACCUGCAUCACAACGGACACCCGCAGGCUCAAAUAAUGGGGCAGACUAUUGUCAUUAGCUCAAUACCAGUACCUGGACAUUCACAGAUGGCAUCUCCAGAUACCCCCAUUCCUUCCCCUACCCUAGUACAGAUCCAGGAGGUCUACAAGCCCCCCGGCAGCCCAGGACUUCUGCUUCCACCACAGCCCAUGUCAAACAGACCCUCUCCUGAACCGCCCCUAUGAAGCUCCACCAGUCUCGUUCUCUCUGGUGCAGGUGUAGUGGAGCAUCGUGUGUGUGUGUGUAUGUGUAAAUUGUGAAAGCUUCACUCUGACCCGUCCUCGAUUCGAGUGCAGCAUAUUUAUCUGAGUGAAAGAGAACUUCUUAGAUCACUGAAACAAAUUCCAAAUCUAGGCUAUUUUUAGAGUGGAACGCCACCAAUGAAAAUCUUUUUUAUUUAAUAUAUAUUUUUAAUAUAUAUUUGUUGUGUUUCUUUUUGUAAGUGUGGUUUCUCUUUUUACGAACCAAUAACUGGUAAACUGAUAAUUGUAGACAAUUUGUUUAUUAAUAACAAAUGAUUGUCAGUUUAAAGCGCCUUUAAAUUAUUAACAACAUUGCUCCAUACUUUGCAACUUUUAAGGAAUGUUAAUUUUGUUCGAAAGCAUUCAUUAAAACUAAAACUUUAUCCAGCAUAUAUUUGCAUUGUGUUAAAUAAAAUGUACACUGAAGCAAAACAGUAAGAAUUUAUUUUUCAAUUUUGUUUUAAAGGAGUAGUUCUGUUUUCAUUUACUCACCCUAUGCGACUUUCUUCCUUCUGCACAACACAAAAGAAGAUAUUUUGAAGAAUGUUGUUAACAUUCCCCCAUUUUCUUGCAUUGGUUACAAUAGACGUGAAUGGGGGGCUGUGCUGUUCCGUUAUCAACAUUCUUCAAAAUAUCUUCUUUUGUGUUGUGCUGAAGAAAGAAGGCCAUACAGGUUUCACAUGACAAGAGGGCGAGUAAAUGAAAACACUUCGUUUAAUGAAUUUGUGAAUGUGGUCCGUACAAGGUUGUGAUGUUAAUGUAACUGGUUAUCUGCUGUAAAUUGCGCAAAAUGAGUCAAGCAUUCACAUAAACUGAAGACAUGUUGUACAAUUUUGUUGGUUGUACAGUUUUAUUUUGUAGAAUAUUAGCAAUGUGCGGCUUUAAUUGUUUACGGCAAGCUGAGCUUUUUCCUCUGUUUUAAGCAGAACUGACAAGACUUUAUGUGUAUUAAAAUGUCACAAGCAUUAAAAUCAGAAGGUCAUACAAUCCCAAAUGUCAAUGGACUCUGUAUGCUAAGGGCAACUGAUCCAACAGGUGAUUUAAAGACAACAACUGUGAAAAUGUGAACCACACACCAGAAAAAUGCCACUUGGGACAUCGUUUUAUUCCGCCCGGUUUACAACUCUUGUCAGAAGUCCCGAAACACAUAAUUGUGAGCUAUACGCAAAACUAAAAAAGUAUCCGCACACGACAACACAUCAAUACCGACUAUUCUCUGCAUCUUAACAAAAGAAUUUUGUGCAGGUGAAGUCUACGUUGUCAAUACCUCAGUAUUCAUGGGAAGCUAUAAUACGUUUUGGAGUGUGCCCUGUUCGGAUGCUUUUUCAGAAAGCAAUCUGAUAUCAGCAGGUGUAAGUGCACCAUGCCCGGGGCCGGAUCGGAUGAGUCAGAUGAUGUUGUCAAUAGUAGCUGCCUAUUAUUCAGUGGGAAGGGUUCGAGGAAGAGGAAAUAGAAGCAGAGCAAAGUAAGAUAAACAUCGCAAACCCUCCAAUCAAGUCUGUAAUGGAGUGGCACCUUGCACGGGGUUAAACGGUGAAGCUCGACGGAAGAAAGCUGAGCAUCCAGUGAUCCUUAAUGAACAACCGCACAGGACCCAACGCACUUAUUUGUAUACAAAACAUUAUCUUGGCAUUCAAAGCACACAUCUCAUCUGAGGCGCUGGGCUUUGUGUGACAGCGUGGUAUUAAGCUCCGGUAAGUGGAGUGGAUGGAAUGAGCGUGUCUGUUCUCCACCUUUGUGAUGAAGGAAACUCUCACACACUACACCUUGACAUUCACCACAGAGAAGAUUCUUAAAGCGAUUGUAAUCCACACGACUGACAAGCUGAAUAGAAAGAAUUUUCUUCCAUUUGUUUGCAUAAUGACUCUUUCAGACCGCUGAGAAUCUAGCGAUGCUCUUUACACCUGUGCUUUGGCUUAGUAAAAUCUCAAGGUGUUAAUAUUUAAUGAAAUGUACAUUUCUGGUUUAAUGUAGAUACAAUUUUAACAUCAACGAUUCUCUUUUUCACUUCCGGAUGUGGUGUGUACUAUAUCUCAUUUAAAAUAAGUAUGAAUUGUUUAAGGAGCCUAUAACCUUACUUUUUCAAAACAACUUACUGUUUUUGUCCAUGUGAAUUAAAAUGUCACGAGCAUUAAAAUCAGAAGGUCAUACAUAUCCUGGCAAAUGUCAAUGGACUUUGUAUGCUAAGGGCAACUGUUUCAUUCUCACAGGUGAUUCAAAGACACAUGAAAACAGGCAAAAUCUGAAAAAUGUCAGUUGGGACUUUAUUUUAUAAGGCGCAGUUUACAACUUUUGUGGGAAGUCUUGAAACAGUUGACUGUGAACUAUCCAGCAGUGGUCAAAGUGAAUGAAGUUUUCGCCAUUUAUUGAAACACAUUAUUGAUGAUGUAAAUAAAUACAGUAAAAAAUA